AUGGAAGAUUUUAUUGACUUUAGAAGUGAUACAGUUACUAAGCCUACUCCUGAAAUGCGCUAAGCUAUGGCUAAUGCAAUCGUUGGAGAUGAUGUUUUUGGUGAUGAUCCAACUGUAAUUGAAUUGCAAGAAUAUGCUGCAUAGUUAUUAGGUAAGGAAGCUGCUUUAUUUGUUCCAUCAGGAUGCUUUGGUAACUAAUGCUCUAUUUUUACACAUGUGUAAAAGGGUAAUGAGAUAAUAUUAGCUAAUGAAUGCCAUAUAGUAUAGUAUGAAGCUGGAGCUGCUUCAAUUAUAUCAAAUGCUUAGCUUAGAUGUAUUGAUACUUCCUAAACAGGAGGAUUACUGACAGCUAAAUAGGUCGAAAGCCUAAUCAGAAAAACAGAUUGGAUUGUUUAUCCAAAAACAGGUCUCAUUUCAGUUGAGUAACCAACCUCCUAAGGUAAAGUAUAUCCUCUUGAAACUCUAAAAGAAAUCUACGAAGUUGCUUAAAAGUAUAACAUCAAAGUUCAUAUGGAUGGUGCUAGAAUUUUCAAUGCUGCUACUUAUCUUAAAGUAGAAGCAAAAGAGAUAGCUAAGUAUUGCGAUAGUGUAAUGUUGUGUCUAUCAAAAGGAUUGUGUGCACCAGUAGGAUCUUUGAUAGUUGGAACCAAAGAAUUUAUCCAAAAGGCAACUUAUUCAAGAAAAAUGAUGGGUGGUGGAUUGAGACAAGUUGGAGUUUUAGCUGCUCCUGGUUUACUUGCUUUAAAAGAGUAAACAAAACAUUUAGGAAAAGACUUAGAAGUAAUAAUUCGUUUGGCAAAGAACUUAAAGACUUUACCAUUUGUUGAAAUUGAUGAUUCUAAUAUUCAGAUAAAUAUGAUCUUCUUUUCAAUUAAAAACCCUGAAAUAAAAUCUAAUGAUCUGGUAUAAUAUUUACUUGAACAUAAGAUCAAGUUUGGUGGUGCAUCUUCUGAAGGAGUUUAUAGAGUUAUUACUCAUUUCUAUACUAGAGAAAAAGAAGUAGAUUACUUAUACGAAACCUUGAAAACUUAUUUAUCAAAAUUCUAAAAUUGA